GAUCUGAUCACACAAUGGCGCUGACGGUGAACCUCACUGGCCCCUCUCCAUGGGGCUUCAGAAUAUUUGGAGGAAGGGACUUCAAGAAAGCCAUAACCGUAUCAAAGGUCAAUGGGGGCAGCAAGGCAGAGCAAGCAGACCUGCAACCUGGAGACAUAAUAUUGGAGAUCAAUGGGGAAAACACAGCAGACAUGCUCAAUGUGGAGGCCCAGAACAAAAUUAAGAACACUAAGACCCAUCUGCAACUGGUCGUGGAGAGACCUGAACCUCCCAGCCCUGGACAGACUAAUGGCCUCAACACCCAUGAACAGCUCGCAGGACGAUUCCAGGAAGCAGUUAUAGUGAGUCGAGAUGAGAACCAGAACUACAGAGAGUAUACAAUCUCAAGUCCUGCAUCACUGUCCCCAGGAACCUACUCACCAGAUCCUCCUGCCAGCCCUGACAGAAAGAAAGAUAGGAUGACACCGACCAUGAACAAAAAUGUGCAGCAGCGCUCAUGGUCACCUGAGGAGAAAAAUAACCGGCUGUCAAGACCACUGUCUCAGGAAUUUUCCCCAUCGGACUUCAGGCAUAACUCUGUGUCGAGCAGGACCCCCACCCCACCAGGCCGCUACUCACCCCACAGCCCCAUCGAUCGAGACGUGCCCAUGUCCCCCAGACGCAGCAGUUCCAGUUCUGACUUUGCCAUGCAGAGGUUCGACAGGGAUUCGGAAGUGUACAAGAUGAUCCAGGAGAACAAGGAGUCCCGCACAGCACCUCGUCAGUCCAACACUUUCAAAAUGCUACAAGAGGUUUUGGAGGCUGACGAGAAAGAGGCCACGCUGCGAUUUCCAGGGAAGCUUUCACCUAAUGUCCCCAAGCCAAGCUCAUCAGUGGCAGGAGUCAGCAAAUACCACACUUGUGAGAAGUGUGGCACCAGCAUUGUUACACAGGCUGUGCGGAUCACCGAUGACCGCUUCCGCCACCCAGAUUGCUACACUUGCACAGAUUGCGGGCUUAACCUCAGGAUGAGAGGUCACUUCUGGGCUGGAGACAUGAUGUAUUGCGAGAAGCAUGCCAAAGAGAGGUACCAGGGCCCGGGGAGUUCUCCUCAUACUGCGGUGUCCCCCCGUCAAUGAAUCGGCCACAUCAAACCAACCCUAUUAUGGAAAAGGAGAGCUGCUGGUCUGCUUGGAACGCCACUUCAUCUAACUUUGACUCCAUCUGAGUUAUAGACCUUGGGUUGAUGCAUGGGUUGGACAUUAGAGGAUUUUUUUUCUGAUCACAUUUAGUCCUACUUUGCAAUAUUAUGAUACACUUUCUUGCUUUACUUGUAACUGUAUGAGAACGGGGGUUUUGCUUUUUUAUAUGGCCCCAGCCUCUCUGGUCUCUUUAGGUUAUUCUAGGCUCUAAUAUUUCACAGCUGCCAUGGACUCAAGCCACCUCACAUUGUACUUAGGCCACAUUAACGUGAGCCCAGUGCUUUACAAAAACUGAACAGUACCGGCUCUCUGACGAUGAGAAUCACCAUUUGAAUCUUGUGCUGACACAAAGGGACCAAAAUCUAGC